CGUCAAAACUCGCACAGUCGGCAGCUCUAGCUGCCGCAGCUGGAGGUGCUUUCAGUUUGGAGGAAUACAGUGCUGUUUCUGGGGUCCUCGCCGCCGUCACCUCCACGGGCGUGAACAAGUAAAGUUUGAACCAGCUUCUUCAUGGCCUGGGCACCAGUUCCUGGCUGAGCCUUUUUCUUUUUUUCUUUUUUGGCUAAAAGCCCCCGCCAAGAGGCUGAUUCGUCGCGGCGGCGGUGGGGAUCGCAGGUCGCUCAGGCUUGCAGAUGGGUCAGGGGCUGUGGAGAGUAGCCAGAAACCAGCAGCUACAGCAGGAAGGCUAUAGUGAACCAGGCUACCUCAGCAGAGAGCAGAGCAGGAGGAUGGCUGCCAGCAGCAUUUCUAACACCAGCCAUCGUAAACAAGUCCAAGGAGGCAUUGAUAUAUAUCAUCUCUUGAAGGCAAGGAAAUCUAAAGAACAGGAAGGAUUCAUUAAUUUGGAAAUGUUGCCUCCCGAGCUAAGCUUCACCAUCUUGUCCUACCUGAAUGCAACUGACCUCUGCUUAGCUUCCUGUGUUUGGCAGGACCUCGCUAAUGAUGAACUUCUGUGGCAAGGGUUGUGUAAAUCCACUUGGGGUCACUGUUCCAUAUACAAUAAGAACCCACCUAUAGGAUUUUCUUUUAGAAAAUUAUAUAUGCAGUUGGAUGAAGGCAGCCUCACCUUCAAUGCCAAUCCAGAGGAGGGAGUGAACUACUUUAUGUCCAAGGGUAUCCUAGACGAUUCACCAAAGGAAAUAGCAAAGUUUAUCUUCUGUACGAGAACACUAAAUUGGAAAAAACUGAGAAUCUAUCUUGACGAAAGGAGAGAUGUCUUGGAUGACCUUGUAACACUGCAUAAUUUUAGAAAUCAGUUCUUGCCCAAUGCACUGAGAGAAUUUUUUCGUCACAUCCAUGCCCCUGAAGAGCGUGGGGAAUAUCUUGAAACUCUUAUAACAAAGUUCUCACAUAGAUUCUGUGCUUGUAACCCCGAUUUAAUGAGAGAACUUGGCCUUAGUCCUGACGCGGUCUAUGUCCUGUGCUACUCUCUGAUUCUGCUUUCCAUUGACCUCACUAGCCCUCACGUGAAGAAUAAAAUGUCAAAACGAGAAUUUAUUCGAAACACCCGUCGUGCUGCUCAAAAUAUUAGUGAAGAUUUUGUAGGGCACCUUUAUGACAACAUCUACCUUAUUGGCCAUGUGGCUGCAUAAAGCACAAUUGCUAGAACUUUAACUUUUAACUUUAAACUAAAAGCUGCCCAAGGACUUACUUAGCAGAUAUGGGGGUUACCUUAGUGCUGGUUCUUCUAGCCUCUGUAUACAAUCAAGCUUGAGUGUGCAACCUUGUUUUCUUUUACUAUUUUCUUUUUUAGUAAUCUCCUUGAGGAACUAAAGAAUUUUGCAGAAUUUUUCUUAAUUUUGCUUAUCAUGUUUUGCACAAAGCAGAGCCCUUGUCUGAUACAGCUGUUUAAAAAGUGUUAAACUGACAUAUACUCUAAAAGAUAGUAUAUUUGUGUAUUAGAUUUUCCUGGAAAACUUUAGUCAUUUCCAUUCUUUUUUUAAAAUACCAUGUAAUGUGUACAUAAUUAACUAAAGAGAUUUAUAAUCAUAAUUAUUUUAUUGUAAAAAUUUUAACUAAAGCCUUUUUUUCCUCUCAAACUGAGUCCUGAAAU